CCUUAACCUGGCGGACACUUUCCGUUGGAAACGGUAUUUUAAAAUAUCGUUGCUGAAAGAUGUGCAGCCCUUUGUAUGAUGUUUUGGAAUCCUAUGAAUCUGGGAAAUUCAAAAAGGGAUCUGUUCGAGCGAGUAAGUGGAUGGGUUACAGAAAUGAGAGUAUGACAUUUGAUGAAAUUAUGGAACAAGUUGAAGUUGCUUUUGCCGAAAAAUUCGGCUCAAAAGAUUGCAAUAAAUAUCCAACUGUUGUGGAAAUCAGACCAAGUGGAGGACCUGCUUGCGAAUCAUUAUUCACGGUACUUCGACACAUGACAGAUGAUCAGAUUAGCAUGAAAGCGUGUGGUAAAUCAGCUGAUAUUUUCCAAAGCGAUUGGUCUAAUUUCUCCGUUUAUAUAAAACGUUUCCAUUUAAAUUCUAUUAAACAAGAUGAAUUUAUGGAUGAAACAAAGGAUUUUAUUGAACAAUUAUCAGAAGGUAAUUUUAAUUAUAUGCCAGAACCAUAUUAUUGGAUUAUAUAUGAUCCAUCAUUAAAAACUGGUGAAGAUGGCAAUGCAGAGAUUUGGUUAAAAAUUGAAUAACACUAUAAUUGCCUUCAAAUGUUUUACUAUUGGAACUUUUGUCACUUAUCUACCUUACAUGAAAAAUGGAAUUUAAUGUAUCUAUUCAUUAUAUUCUGAAUCCAACUUAAUUAUUUUAUCAUUCCCCUUUCAUUGAAUAUUCUCUUUUAUUGGUUAUUGGUAUAAAUAUAAACGUAGUUUCGCUAAUCUAUCUA